AUGGCAACCAACUCCGUACUUCCGCCGCCUCCGCCUCAUACUGACACGCCGGGCUUAAGAGCAAAUCGGGCGUGUCGCCCUUGCGUCCAGAUCAAAGCGAAAUGCGUCCCAUUGGAAGGGUCUGCCAACUCGAUCUGUGUACGAUGCCACCGCCUGGGCAAAUUCUGCACGACCCCGGCACCGCUGCCACGCAAACGGCGCAACAACGGCAGAUCAACGCGCGUCUCACAGCUGGAGGAGAAGAUCAAUACUCUGACGGAUCUCUUGGCCUCCAAUGACGGCGAUCCUGUUGCACGGCCUGAGCCUGCCGUUGCUCCAAGUAGCGGCAGCCAGUACUCCCAGCCUGAUGAUCCGACUGUUGCGGAAAGUGUUGCUGGUUUUCCCAAUGGACUAUGGUCCGCCUCGCUCCCGACCCCAACGUCGAUGGUGCCGACAGGGGGAGGCGACAGCAACACGACCAAUCAGAGACAGUCCACCAAAACUCAUUUAACGAGCUGUGCGAAGUCUUUGAAAUCUGUGGGAGUCACUGUCACAAAUGCAAGCGAUUCAUUUCGAGUAACUCUGGCUCCAGUGUUGGAAGAAAAGCUAUUCAGUGACUUCCGCACACAGAUGAACAUACACUUCCCUUUUGUGGUGAUCCCCCCUCAAACAACAGCUGUUGCCCUUCGCGAGGAGAGACCAUUUCUCUUCCGGGCAUGCAUCACGGUGGCCGCUCAAGCUGAGCCGUCAUUACUACGGCAGCUUGCUGAUGACUUGAUGAGAUACAUCGGGGAGCGCAUGCUCAUGAAAGGGGAGAAAUCUCUCGAUCUCCUGCAAGGCCUCUUGGUAUUCAGCUCUUGGUAUCACUACUACUCUCACAGCAACCCGCAAGUGAUGAACCUUCUCCAUUUGGCAACCGCCUUGGUUGCAGACCUUGGGUUAAAUCGACCUAGACAGCCAGCAGUACUGACCCCAAUUGGCAUGGUGGUUGACGCCGCCGAGUUAUUCCACGGCAAGCUGGCCAACCACGGUAUCCAGACCUCUGACGACCAACGGGCCCUGCUUGGAGUAUACAGUCUGUCUGGGCUAUUGUCGUCCUGCUUUCGGAGGUCGGACCCUAUGCGCUGGACACAACACUUGGAAGACUGUUGCAAUGCUCUCGUCGCCGCAGCAGAAUACCCCUCUGAUAUCUAUGCUGUCUACGUGGUCCGACUACAUCGGAACGUAGAGGUCUAUUCUCCCUCUCUCGGGCUGUUGACGACGUCUACUGUGCCUCUCCGGAGUUUCAUGAGUUGUUUCAAAAAAGACCUCAAGCAAUACGAGGAGAGCGUACCCCCCAGCCUGACGGGCAACGAGCUCCUGAAGAUGCAGACCCAAAAUGCUUAUAUCUGCCUUUUUGAAACCGUAUUCGCAGUCCCCGCAGAGAGCCCGUAUCACCGAGCCGAAGCACUAUACAACUGUCUGAGUCAUGUCAGCCUCUUGCUUGACAGCCUAGAUGCCAUCCCGUGGCGGUGUGUGCCAAAUCUAACUUUCCCCUUUUGGCUGCAUCUCAUCCACGCUUUGGUUGUUCUGGCCAAGAUGUCAUUUCUUGUCCUCGACGGGUGGGACACGCAAUCGAUAAGAGGCUCUCAAAUGAGUUUUCCGUCCGCUAUAGACCGAAUGGCGCAAAAGAUGGAAACGGUAUCCCAACAGAGCCUUGCCGCUGGAGAUACACCAUCGAACAACGCCGUUGCAGCACGCUUCAGCUUGUUCGCAGAGAAAAUGCGUGCUUGUAAAAAGUGGUACGCCAGCAAGCUCAACGCAGAAGCCAACGUUGUAGCUCCGGGUCCAGACACCGGUGUGCUUUCGGAAACCAUCUCCACCGAAGAGUUGUUCAUGGGUUUCGAGGACGGCCUCUGGCCAGACCUCAUGGCUGAUUGGAACGCCAACAUACAAUUCUAG